AUGGAAGGAUGGAUGGAUGGGUGCAGCCGUCGCAGCGGCUCGCCGCUCCUUCCUCCGUCUUUCCUAGCCGGGAGGGUCCUCCAGGUGCCAAGCUCAGUCGGCAGCUGCCUUCGGAACCCUGUGUGGUGCCAGGAGGGUAAAAGUUUAUUGGAAGUUAAAGGUGGUUCCCAGAAAGUGGCGGGGGAGCGGUUUGUCCAUGGACGGGCACAGCCCGUGGCUCAGGAGCCCUCCGAGGCGAAGCAGAUAUUUUCUUCCAAAAUGACUUUACAAAUUCUGGUUUUGUGUUUGGCAUAUUCUGGGCUUGGAAAGGCAGAUGUGGUUCCACAGGCUGGACACAUAGAAGUGAGGAUGGGUGACAGUGCAACUCUGAGCUGUGCCCUGACAGAACCCCAGGAUGUUGUGCAAGUGACGUGGCAAAAGGACUCAGAAGGAUCAAAUGAUAAUAUAGCUACAUACAGUGAAGCAAACGGAUUAAAGAUUCAUGACCCCUAUAAAGACAGAAUGAACUUCACAAGUUUAGAACUUAACAAGACAAGCAUAACUUUUUGGGACACUAGAAUGGAUGAUUCAGGAUGCUACAAGUGUCUCUUCAAUGCUUACCCUUUGGGCUCCUUGUCAGGAAAUAUCUGCCUGCGUGUUUUUGGUCUCAAUGCAUCUGUCCAUCACAACAUUUCUGAAGGUCGUUUGAUAGUCAUCUGUAAAGCUCAUGGCCUCCCAGAGCCCAACAUCACCUGGAACAACCUGUUCAAUUCUACUCCUACACAUAAGAGAAUCAAGCACAAAAAUGGGAUUGUGUCCAUCACCAGUAAACUGGAAAUCUACAACAUUCCAAGCAUCAGUGCAAGGGAUUUGACCUGCACAGUAAGCAACACAAAUGAAGCAGUUGAAUUGCCUGUGAAAAUAAAAGGAGGUGAAAGAGGGAUCAUCUUUGCUUUGGUUGGUGAUUAUUGCAGUGCUUCUAGUGGUCAUCAUAGUUCUGAUUCUGAUUAUGGUGUUCUGGAGGAAGAUCCUGUGCAGGAGGAGUUGAAGUGGAUCCUUGAGGAUUUCCAUCCAUCUGCCAGAUUAUUAGAAGCCAGCAGCCUGAAAUCAACAUUACACAUAGUGACUUGACUGGCUGGAAAGCAGCAGCAAAAAAAAGGAGAAGACCCCAUAUACACUGCCCUAUCUGGUGGCUGAGAUGAUCACUGAAAUGACUAAUACAACAUUUGUUAUCUGGUCUAGGCCCUUAAAAUGUAGGACUGGAGGGACCACUUGGUCUGCUGCUCUGCAAAGGAGGAGAUUUUGUCAGGCAAAACCUUCUUUGCUCAUGCCACUCUUGGUACUGCUGCUGGGCAAAAUGGAUUUGCCUUCUUCCAGCUGAGUUUUGAAAAUAUCCAUGGACAGAAGCUCUGCAGACUCUCUUCCAGUCCCUAAUUAUUCUUGCAGUAGAGGGGGAUUUAAUUUUUGCCAACAUCUGUCUGCAAUUUCACUUGCAGCAAUUCUGAGAGUUUAUCACUCUCUUCCCGUCAUCUGGUUUUUCUCCUCUUAUUCAGCUGUUCCAACUCCUUUUUCUCUGUCUGGAAAGACCUGCUGGACUCAAAUCACAGGUCUCAAACCACACAGGAUUUGCCAAAAUUUAUUGGGGAAGAGCAAUAGGUCUCCAAGCAGGUGACUACAUAAAAGCAGUAGCAGCCACAGUUUGGAAGGAAGAAUUGUAAUUAAUUUGUAUAAUAUAUAAGUAAUUUAUUUUAUUUGACUUCUUUCUAAUCCUGGGAUGUUUUCUUCUGUGUUUUCUGGGGUUUUUUAGUGAUGUGUGUGGUGGGGUUAAAUAUAUAAGUGAGGAGGAGAGGGUAACAAAGGCCAGUAGUGGGAGCAUUGUCUUCUCCAUCUUUCCUUUCUGUUAAUACCCUAUCCUACUCCUUGCUGAGCUGUCAAAAGGCAUGGAUUUCAUCAACAGUUUUUGUGCUUAUCUUAUGCACUGUUCAGAGUAGUCUUUCCUGUCUUCAUCCAUUUUUAUUGUGUCUUUUUAAACACAGAUAAAUUGCUUAGCUGGCCAAAAGCCAUUAUUCCAUGUCUGGACCUAAUUGGGUGGGAUGUCAUACACUCACUAUCCUGUGUCACGACUGUGGCUGCAAUGAUAUCAGUUGACAGUCUUACAGAGACUGAGCUUACUGAUUUGUUAUGUUUUUGAUAGCAUGCACUGCACUAUUCUUAGGAGCUGGACCUAAUUCUGCUCCUGUCCCAGGCCGGAUUGGAGUUCCUCUCCUGCCAUCCCAAGUUGCUCAUCACUGCCAGCCCAAGCCUGCUGAUCUGGCCAUUUCCAUUCUUCCCACAAAUCCCACGUGCUUGACCCCCUCUUGCUGCUCAGGAGGACCAUGCACCCCUGGGCAUUGCCCAGCAGCUCCUCAUCUUCAUGAGGGGUAGAAGGCUCCACGUAUCCUCUGCCUCUGUGCUUGGGUUUGUUGGGACAGAGUUAAUUUUCUGGAUAGAAGUUAGGAUGAGGCUACCUUUCCAACUCUCCCCUUCCCUCCUGGGGGACUGUGCAAGCAGCUGUGUGGUGCUUCAGUUGCUGGCUGGGGUUAAACCACGACAGCCUCUGAGCACCUUUGCAGGGCUCUGUGCCUGCCCCACAGGGCAAAGAUGGCUAAAAGCAAGCCUACCUCUGGGUAUGCCUUAGUGGUCCAUUUUAUUGACAGGAUAAACAGAUGGGAGGACUGCAGGGGGUCCUCUGGUGGUGUUUUGUUCAGCUGAUGAGCGCUAAGGUUUCAGGUGUUUCUCAGUCUCCCUUCUAUCUGAAGUUUGUCAUUGUAUCAGGAUCACUAACAGUAUUCUCUUUUCUUUUGGCUUUGAUGAGCAUUUAUGCAUCUGAAAUACUCCAUGUUACCAGAGUGCUCAGCAUUUUGGGUUGUACCUUUUAUGUCAUUUGUUUACUAAGGGUACAAACUAUCAGGCUGAAAUAUCAACAAUGGAGAUUUAAAACUUAGGACUGACUCAGUGUUCAGAACAAAUAUUUUGCUACUUCUAGAGCAGUGGCCUCUCCAGAGUCUGGUAAAAAGUUUUCUGUGUCUGUCUGCUUGUGUUACUGAGGAUAUGAGGGGUGACAUUGGUUCCACUGUUGUAGGCACAAUAUGAAUUAUUUAUUUGUACAUUUCAUUUUUUCUAAUUAAAAAAAAAAUCAGAUCCAACUAAAACACCAACUGGUCCCUUGUGGUUUUUUUUGUUUUGUUUUGUUUUGGUUUUUUUUUUGUGGUGGGGGUGCUUUUUAGUAGUUUUGAUUUAUACUUUGCUUCCUUCCUGAACAGAAAAUGGGAAUU